UUUCUCCACCAACUUAAAGAAGCAACAAGUUGACGGUGAAACGCAGCAGUCCCAUCGGAAGAGAGAGGAGAGGGGAGGGGAGGGCUGGUGUGUCCCAGCCCUCUGCAUCCAUCCAGCUGGUGCGUCGCUCCGUAGCAGUAACGCGCCACACUCACUAUGGCUUUAGCCGCAAGCAGGACGCUCUUGGCGCUAUUCGUUACGUUUUGUGCACCGGGAUACGGAUUGACAGCAGAGAAGCCCCUGCGGUCAAACAAUGGGAAACAGACAGCUGUGGACAAGGGCCUGAGGGAGAGCUGGGAGCCUUCUAUCCAUCUGGAUGGAAGACCUGUGGACCGCGUCAUCAGCUCCAGCAAACCCCCAAAGUCUCACCGCUUCCCUAAAGUGGGAAAGGACAGUCGCUCUCAUCUACUGGAGGAUGUAGACCCAGAAUGGGUUAACCUGGAUGGCUUUGCAGUGUUGGGCGGUGCACCUGUCAGCAACUCAUCAGCAGGUCCAGUCAGGCCUCCGCAAAUUGUUGCCAGAAAUCAGCCGUCUGUACAGCGGGCCACCAGGGUGGACAGAACAGCUCGUCCAUUGGGCGUGUCUAACACCAGGACACAUAGGAGAGCGCCUCAGUCCUCAUCAGGUCCCAGGCAGCCUGAGAGAGUUUUGGCAGGGACACCACUACUGGAAAGGAGACGCCAACACCACACCAAGCCUCAGUCUGACCAGAGAAACCGACGCGCACAAAAACUAACAUCUGAGUCCGUUCAUGUGGUGUCACUGCAGGCACAGAAAUCCACGGGGCAGAGCUCACCGUCCAACAGAGCAGUUGCAACCAAAACAACCACACCAGAGCCACCGGUGUAUGAGGCCCGGGACAUCAGUGUCAGGGUCAUGUCUCCUCAAUCAGUCCUCAUCUCCUGGGUUGACCCUGCUGUUGAAAUGGGGAAGGUCGACCCUGAUGAACCCAGAUCCUACACAAUUAGAUACAGGGAAAAGGGUGAGUCAGCACGCUGGGAGUACAAGGACAACAACCAGAGGAGAAUGAUGAUAGACAACCUGUCUGCUGACAGCAUGUAUGAGUUUUCUGUCAGGAUCUCUCAGAGAGAAAAACAAGGGAAGUGGAGCGUCUCCGUCUUCCAGAGGACCCCCGAGUCAGCGCCAUCUGGGCCACCAGAAAACUUUGAGGUCAAGCCACUACGCGGGAAAGGAACUGCUGUCAUUGCAACAUGGGAUCCACCUGAAGAACCCAAUGGAAGGAUAAGAGAGUACAUCCUUUCAUACGCCCCUGCUAUGAAGCCAUUUGGUAUGAAAAGUGUUACUCACCGUGGCAGCACCACCUCAGCCACCAUAGAUGGCCUCACACCGGGAGAUCGGUACAUCUUCAAGAUCAGAGCUACCAACAGGAGAGGACAAGGACCACAGAGCAAAGUCUUAAGUGUUGUCAUGCCAGGAUCCAGCAGCAGUGCCUCAUCGUCAAAAACCAGCCGCAGGACUAGCCAUACUCCUUCCAAACAGGAUACCGACCAUGAUGAAUCUGACAACGAGCCAACAGAGGAGCCAGAAGAACCAACAACACCUUCUCAGCCACGUCCUGCUGUCAACAGGCGUGUACGGCCCCUUUCUCAAACACGCUCCUAUCACAGCAUCUUCUCUGCUGUAAGGGGUUCAGUCAGGAAUACAGGGAACAGAGGAAAAGUUCAAGCUAGAGAAGAGGAGGAAGAGGAGGAGAACAUACCCACAACACCACCACCAGUAGAAGAGACAACAACCAUGGAGGCUGUACCAGAGACAACAGAACCAGACAACAAUGUUUCCCCCGAAGAGCCCUUGACUACCGAGACCCCCAGCCUCAAAGUUCUGACACCCUCUCCAACUAAACCGUCUCAUCCCAAACCACCACCUAGAAGACCCAUUAAGAUCAGGGUCCAUCAGAAACCUAAGACUGGUUCCUCCUCAUCAUCUUCUGACUCCUCUUCUUCUUCUACUUCAUCUUCUGGCUCCUCUUCUUCCUCUACUUCAUCUUCUGGCUCCUCUUCUUCUACUUCAUCCUCCUCAUCUUCUGGUUCCUCUACAUCUUCUUCAUCCUCAUCAUCCUCACCUUCUUCAACCUCAUUAUCUCCCUCCUCACGUGUUCAAGAGUCAGCAGCCAGUAGAAAAGACUAUGUAGCUUCCACAUAUCCAGAGAGCAAAAACAGCUACGAUAAGCCCAGCAUAACACAUGCAAAACCCUCCACUGCAGUUGUAAAAGAGAGCAAUUCACAGCAGACAGAGCCUGUAUCUAUGGGUAGAGGUUUGACUUUAGCAGCGCGCACUAAUGGGACUGGGUUUGGUUCUAGAUAUGGUUACAGUCGAAGAUAUCCAGGUAUUUUGUCUAGGGGGAAUUCAACUCGAAUGCUCAAUGGUUACAAACCUGCCAUUGUCUCACAGUCGAACUUACCAAGCAGAACUCAAAACCAAGCAACAUCAAACACUCGUACUUCAGCAACAUCACAGUCUACUUUACCAGACAGGACUCAAAACCACAGAACAUCACAAACUUUAAAUUCAGCAACAUCCAGAUCCACUUCACAAAGUGGAACCCAUAACCAGGCAACAUCAGAUCCAUAUAAUUAUGACAAAUCACAAUCCACAUCAGAGUCUAGGUCUCAAGGCUCUACAACUCUACAGAACUCAGGCACCAAUCCAUCCACUUCACAGAGCAGCUCAAACCACCCGUCAAACAUAGACUUAUCAGGCUCUUCUCGGUCAACUUCACACAGAGGAUCUCAUGACUCUGCAAGUUCACGCAACACACAGAGUUCACACACAUCACCUGAGCAGGACACAGCAGUCAGAGAGGGAAAUGAUAAUAGGUAUCAGAAAAAUACAGAUGCAGAAGUAACCAAAAAUGAAGAACCUACUUUAAGCUCUACCCCACAACAUACAGAGGAGGAGAAAAGGGAGGAAGAAGGAAAGGAGAAAAGCAAUAAUGGAAAAACGGUGGUUUCACGUACAAGAAUUAGCCCCUCAUUGGUUGAAAGAUUCCCUUGGCUAGCUAGUCGUUACCCAGGUAGGUUUGGUACAGGGACAAGAGCGUCAUCUACCAGGCAGGAUAGUAGAACUCCCUUGACCAGGACUUCAUCCUCCAUUGGGGCUGGCACACCUAUCUUAAGGGGAACACCCACCAGGGUUUCAGGUGCCACAGGUGCUGCAGGAGUGUCCAGGAUACAGGAGACUAGUGAAGAUCUGAGAAACCCUUCCACUCUUGACUCACUAAAGAAUGGGGUAGGGGUUAGUUCAGUUAAGCCUUCUUUGACUAAUAAAAAUACAGCAUCCAGUGACUCUAGAAACCCAACUACCUCUUCAUCUUCAUCAUCUUCCUCUUUGAAUCGUGGACACGGAGACUCAAGGGAGCCCAUACUUAGAGGAACCUCUAAUGACAAUGAUAAUGAUUACAAUAAGGAAUCUCUCAAUGAGAGGAGUGGAGAUAUCAGUGGAAAAAAUGAUAAAUUUGCAGACCCCACAGCUGCUCAAAAAAAUCCUACUGUAACUUCAACUGACCCUCACAGAAAUGUAGAGGACAAUCAAAGUGUGGAUACUUCUUCUAGGACAAGAUCUGGCUCACCAUCUGGAGUCACUCCAACACAUCGCCGUCCUGGUGCAGGAGUGAAUGGGAGGGGACGCUCUCCUCUGCUGGCUAACAGGCAGUUUGGUGGAUCUAGAACUCCUAUCAGACCACAGCCAGUACAGAACUCAAGACAAGGUUCUUCAACAUCUGAUUCAUCCCUAUCAUCACCUGAUACCUCUUCUUCCUCAAAGUUGCCCCAGCCAGUUUUGACCUCAGAUCGUGACGUUGGCAGUGGCACUACUGUGACAAAGACAGGAGGAUUAAUUGGGGGCAACUCCCAAUCUACAUCCUCAGCAUCUUCAUCUCCAUCUAGAGACAGCUUUAGGGGUAUGGGUGGUAGGCCUCGCUAUCCCAUCCUCAGAGGAAAGCCUAUUAAUGGAGGACAACUCAAGCCUGUCAAUGGAAAUGGUAAAAAUGGACGACCCAACCUGACAGCAACAAAUGAGAAAGAGUCCUCGCCCUCUCAAGGAACUAGCAAGGCCGUUGGUCAGAGGUAUAUCACUGGACCAGAUGGAACCAAAUGGGUGGUAGACUUGGAGCGGGGAGUUCUUAUGAACCAGGAUGGACAAGUUCUCCAGGACUCCCAGGGCAAACCCAAGAGAGUGGUGCUUGGAGAGGAUGGACGCACGAUUUUCGACCGCAUGGGGACUCCCCUGGUAAACGAGGAAGGUAUGGCUCUGUUUGGCCAUGGCAGAGAUAGCCGGCCUGUGGUCAACCCCAAAGACAAGGUCCUCAUGGUUGGAGGAAAGCCUCUACUUGGCUUGGACGUUUCUCGCUCCAGGACCACCACUCCCACCACCACCACCACCACCACCACCACUACCAUGGCUCCUACCACCACACCUGAACCCACCACGAUUGAUUGGUAUAUAGAGGACUCUACCACAAUGCUGCCGUACCCAACCUGUCCACCUGGAACCUUCUCCAAAACUGAUGAAUAUGGAUAUCCAAUGCUGGACUCAGAGGGAAUAUUGGACUGUUAUCCAGAAGAGGAAUCCUCAGGAAUGGAAACGGACCACAUGCCUGAUGCUUUAGGUCUUGAGAAAGAUGAGCUUAUUAUCCAGACCACCCUGCCACCUACAACCACCACUACCACCACCACCACCACCACAACUACAACAACUGCCUCCACCACCACCACCACAGAGAUCACGACUCCACAGCGGGAGACCAAGCCCUUAAACAAAGGCCCUUCAUCAGAGUUUGACCUCAGCGGGAAGAAGCGAUUUACAGCCUCCUAUGUGAACUACAUCCGGAAGGACCCAGGUGCUCCUUGCUCCUUGACGGAGGCUCUGGAGUAUCUUCAGGUCGACGUCCUAGAAAACCUGAUAGAGAAGGACAGUCUGGCAGCCAAUCAGCCUCCCAAAAACAAGCCUCAUAACUUCACCGUUGUUGCCAUGGAGGGCUGCCACUCAUUUAUCAUCCUGGACUGGGGCCGACCACUGAAGGACGACAUGGUGUCAGGCUACAUGGUCCACAGUGCUUCAUAUGACGACGUCCUCAACAAUAGAUGGUCCUCCAGAUCCUCCAGCGGGACACACCUGCCUGUGGAGAAUCUCAAACCAAACUCUAGGUACUACUUCAAAGUGCAGGCCAAGAAUGUGUUUGGUUUGGGACCAGUCAGCGAUACACUCACCUAUGUCACUGAAUCAGACGAUCCUCUUCUCAUCGAAAGACCACCUGGUGGAGAACCGAUCUGGGUCCCCUUUACCUUCAAGUAUAACUCGGCCCACAGCAGCUGUAAGGGCAGCCAGUACGUCAAGCGGACGUGGUACAGGAAGUUUGUGGGUGUGGUUUUGUGCAACUCGCUGCGAUACAAGAUCUUCAUGGGAGAUGGUCUUAGAGAGCCCUUUUACAGUAUAGGAGAUACAUUCGGCCAGGGAGAGGACCACUGCCAGUUUGUGGACUCAUACAUGGACGGGAGGACAGGCCCGGCCUACCUCUCAAAUAAUCUGCCCACAGCACAAGGAUUUUAUCGCGCGUACAGACAGGAGCCAGUCACAUUUGGAGUCAUUGGCAGACGUACAUCCCAUCCAUUCGUGGGCUGGUAUGAAUGCGGAGUGCCAAUCCCCGGCAAGUGGUAACACAGAAGGAGGAGGAGGAGGAGGUUACCGCUUCAUUGUUACCGAGGGCAACCCUUCUGCAUUCUGCUGCAGGCUCUUACCGUCACUGGUCCUGCCCUUCAACGAAAAAACAGACUUUUGCCUGCCACAAAGAAAAAGACACCACUACAAAUUUAUUACAGCUUCACAGAAAGAGAAUAUAAUACUUUUAAACAACUCAAUGUAUAUCAUUACCAUGCACUUUUUAUAUAAAGCAGUCUGUAUAUGAGGGAAAAAAAAGAAGCAUGUGUGCUCUUGCUUAGUUUAACUCUUGUCUGAAAGUGUCCUUGUACUAUUACCAACUAUCCCAGAGACAGGUCCUCACCCAGUGUUAUUUAUCUCAUCAAUAAUGCACGCACAUGGUCAAACCAGUGACAUUGGACCAAAGCACAAGCUGCAAAGAAAACUGUAAGAAUGGGCACUUAAGGUGUGUAUAGGUCUGUUAAUUUUCAGUUGUGAGAUUUGUAUUUCAUAAUGUAACGGCUUCUGACAGCUACUUUUUGUUUGUUGAUUUGUGUUCUUAAACCAUCAUAUUGUUUUUUUGUUGUUUUUUUUGUCACCAGAGUUCAUUAAAAGCUACUGUGUAAGUUUGUAUGUAUACGGACAAAGAAUAAAAGACCAAAUAUUUGCUCAGGAACUGUGGGAGACUGAAUAAAGGUGCUAUGGAAACCACAGAAUCCAAAAACAUGAAUCAUAUCAUAUCUACUACCACUGCCACAUUCUUUUCUAG